AUGUCCAACGGCAUAAAUAACCCAUCCGGUAUCUUCCUCGCCGCGACUGGACCGGCAUACAUAGCAUUCGCACCUGUAGCAGCCGCGAUUACAAAGCCCGAAAGCACAGUCCAGAAGCUCGUCGAGGCAGUUCUCGACUACACAGUUGGCAGCGAUGUAGAAUCUGGUCGUGCAAUCCCCGCGCUUGCAGUCCUAUAUGCAUUCUGGGCUUUUGCCGGCAGCGGCUCCUUGUCCGUUGCCGGACAAGCCAUGUCCAGACCAAACGGUCUCGACAACGAUCAUCCUCGGAAGCACCGCGGGAAUAUGGAGGGUCUCCCACUGCGUCUGAUGUCGGCCCAUCAUUCGCUGGUUGAAAUUUUCCCAUUGUUUGCGGCUGGGGCAUGUCUCGCUCAAGUACUGGCUCCUGGUGAUCAGCAGAUAUUGAAUCUCUUGGGUCUUCAUGUGUUGCUGAAAGUCUUCGUCUUCUAUCCUUCAUACGUUGUCGGUUUCGCACCGAUAAGGUCACUGGCACAUUUGUUUUCUAUUUCUGCUAUGGUCAAGGUUUUGUGGCUGCUGGCGAAAUCUUGA